AUGCGGACGUUCCUUCUCGCAACUGUGUGGUUCUUGUCGACGACAGGAAAGAGCCUCCAGGAGUGCCGGGAGGAGUACAAGAAGCAGCGCCCUUCCCACACCGCUUGCCUGGCGCCGAACAAGGAGUGCACAAUCGAUGCUGGAGGAGUCAGCGCGACUGAGCGGGAACUCAUACUCAAGACGCACAACGACUACAGGAGCAUGGUAGCCAUGGGCAAAAUUAAGCACUUCCCAGAAGCCAAGAAUAUGCUGCAGCUACGCUGGGAUGAAGAGUUGGCUUCCGUGGCACAGGCGAAGGCUGACCAGUGCACCCCCGACAGCGGAAAGCUAAUGCACGACAAACCCGAAGAUCGUUUCACCACCAAGUUCAAGUCCACGGGACAAAACUUGGCCUUCCGCGCCAGCAGCGCCCGUUUCAAUUCCACUGACUGGCCCGGUCAGGUCAAGGCGUGGUUCGACGAGUACACCCACUAUCCGCCGCAGAGCGUCGAUCACUUCUCGCCUCCCAGCGGAGAGCCGACCGGACAUUUUACGCAGGUUGUAUGGGCAACGACGCGCUACGUGGGCUGCGGCUACGUGGACUACAUCGUCGAAGGCUACUCGAGGCUGCCGUACAUGCAACUCUACGUAUGCAACUAUGCCAGCGCAGGCAACGUUUUGUCGCGACCAGUGUACAAUCCCGGUGAUGUGUGCUCCGCCUGCCCAGAAGGCACCGCAUGUGUCAAAGACACCGGGCUGUGCUCCUCUGCUGAAGCAGGUGGACAUUCUUUCAGGCAACCGGACUCCAACUCAACGGAAGGGAGUAAACACGGUGGCGACGGACAUGCUCAAGGUUCUAUGUCAACUCGAAAAAGCACUGCGUCGGCAAUCGUUCAGCCGUUGCGACAUGCAGCCACGGUGUGCGUGAUUGCUGCGGUAUACGGUAUGCUCACGGUCUGGUGGGCGUCUCUCGUGUAGAUGGGGUGCUAAACCGGGAAUUAUCACCCACGCCUUUCCUUCAUCUUUUUCUCCCUACCACUGCUGUCGCUUACUGUUAAUUUGAGCGAAUAACUUACACUAGCCGCUGUUAUAUUACCAAAUAUGCGUAGAAACGAUAGUGAUACGCGUAUGAUUCUCCUUUGAACAGGGUGCCCGUUCUCGGACGUCCUCGUCGAGUUAUAACCUGCCGCUCGUAUAGACCUCUCCGGCAGCGUAACUACACACACUGUUACUUCUUUUUCUCGCAAAAUAAACGCUCACCUUGGUUUCUAACAACAUGUAGCGCCUUCAUUUCUGAAUGCGUCGAAACUUUGUUUUUAAGCCACACAAACAAGGAAAUAUGAAUUAAA